AUGAACGAUCAGGAUUAUGCUACCACUUUCAUGGCUCUCAUUUUACUGACUUGCUCAGUAUUUUUCACCGCAGAAGGAGAAAAUCAAGGUAAGUCUACAAAUGUUAUAUAUUAUGACUGAUUUCUUUGAAUGAUUCUUGAUAUAUUAAAUAAAGACAAAAAAAACAAAAAACAAAACAAAAACAAAAGCAGAGAUAUAUUUAGUAGGAGGUGCAGACAGGAUACAUAUACAUACAUCACAUGUGUUCUUCUUCAGGCUGUAAGAGUUCUGGCUUUAGGCCACAAUUCUUAAUAUUCCUCUUUUCUAAGAAAUCAAACUACUUGGUGUAUUAGAGAAGAACCCCAGUAAAAAACAAACAAACCAGUAACUGACAGUAAAUAUACUUUGGUGUGUUUAAGUAAACUUAAAGGAUCACUAUAGUGUCAGGAAAACAAACUUGUUUUCCUGACACUAUAUCAUCCUUGGGACCCACCCUCAGGGCCCCCCUCCCUUGGCGCUGAAGGCGUUAAAACCCCUUCAGUUACUUACCUUAAUCCAGCAGCGGGCUCCCUUGGCGCUGGUGACCUCUCCUCCUCCGCCGAUGUCAGCUCCCGAGUGGAGCGGAAUGCGCAUGCAUGGCAAGAGCCGCGUGCGCAUUCAAACAGUCUAUAGGAAAGUAUUUCUCAAUACUUUCCUAUGGACGUUCUGCACGCUGGAUGCGAUUUUCUAAUCCAGCAUCGCAGAAGCGCCUCUAGCGGCUGUCAGGAAGACUGUUAAUAGAAGCUGGAUUAACCCUGAAAUGUAAACAUAGCAGUUUCUCUGAAACUGCUAUGUUUACAUCUGAAGGGUUAAAACUUGGAGGACCUGGCACCCAGACCACUUCAUUGAGCUGAAGUGGUCUGGGUGACUAUAGUGUCCCUUUAAAUCUUUCAGUUUGAUAUAUUAGAGCCACACCUUCUUGCAACAGCUCCCGAUGCAACCUCUAUAAUAAAGAUAUCCCUCACGUUGGGUAAUGUACUUAUCAUUUCAAACAUUGGACCACCUCUGGUAUGGAGUAAAUCAAAUAUGCAUGCAAAUUUCUCCGGCCGCAGCACUUAUAUUUUGUAUGUUUCUUCAAUGAUUUAUUCAUGGUUUUCUCUGUAUAAAUCUUUUCUGGGCUUUCUGCCCUUGUUAAUGUUUACUGAAAAUGCUGCUUAAACCAAAUCUCACCAAUUGUUAUUUGCUAAUUUAUGUGCAGCUAUAAAUAAAAAAAAGAAUUAAAAUAAAACAAAAACCAGAGGAUCACACAAGGUAAUUAUCAAACAAUUUGCUAACAUGAGAUUUCAGUACAUCUUCCAGCCUCCUGACCAUUGCAGUUACUGCAGUGUACUAUCAAGAGCAACCUCCCUGUUUUUCAGGAAGGCAUCUAUCUGGCAAAUAAGGGGAUGCCGUAUCUCAACCUGGCAUUACCAUGGCUCAAAAUUUCUGUCACAUUUCUAAAACGUUUAAGGACUGCCACUAGCUGCCCUAUUAUUGUCCAAUCGUCAUCCCCCAUGGGGACUUAAUGCCAAUAUACUGGUCUGAAAAUAGACUUUGGCUUUCCCUCUACUGUUCCAAUGUUCUUUCCAUCAUGUCUUAAACUUGCUGACAUACUGUCAUACCCGGUGUGUGGAAAGCCCUGUUUUGUUUCUUGCUUCUGCUCCAUGAAUUGGCCAGCCUUCAGAACUAAAUUAACUUUUUCAGCUCAGCUAGUUUGUCCUCAAUUUUGCUAUUCAUUUGCAAUGACCAACUUUCCAGUUUGGUGAAUAACUAUCUUAGCAAUAUUUGAACCCCUAUUUUGCCACAGCCAAAACGCCAAGCACCAUAAAUACUACAGUGCGCUGUAGGUGUUUUUAUGUCAGGUGUGCACUGGCAUUCACCAUUGUAAGAAGACAUACUGUUUUGAAAUCCUGAAGGGCUAGCUCAUUGGCGGAUAGGGUCAGCUGAUUGCUCUCAGUCUUCUGCUCAGACAGAAAGGUUUCAGCUCUCUGUUGGAAAUAGAGAAGACAAAAAGUGAGGCUGGUAGACCCCAGGUAAGGGGUCAGAACUGAAACAGUUUGACUACUUGCAAUUUUGGAGGGUGCCCUCAGGACACAGCUGGAACCAUAACCAAAAGAGCACACUGUAGUGGUUAAGGUGCUUGAAGUGUUCCUUUAAUAAUAUUAAUAAAGUACCAACAUUUUAGGUUACAUUGCACAAUGUAAAUGUGGAUAAAAAUGCAACAAAAAAAGAAAUAAACAGGUUAAGGUCAAUAGAAACGUGGUUAAGGAGGGUUGUAAUAAAAUGGGCUUGCUUUUCAUUUAAUUCAGAUUUGUUUGUUUUUUAAUUUUAGGUACUUGCAAAGUAUCCUCUUUCGAGAAUAGACAGCAGCUACCAAAUAAAACCCUUUUUAAAACUGGGGAGCAUUUGCAGUACCAAUGUGAUGAAGGUUAUGUGAGUCCACACAAAAAUAUAGUGGAGGAAACCAUGUGUCUUUCAUCUGGGUGGUCAACAAUUCUUCAAUGUAUUGGUAUGUACUUCACAUUUGCACAUUUUGAUUAGUACAUUCAAAUGUAACAGUAACAUAUUCCAGUACAUAAAAAAUAAAGCAAUAAAAUUAUAGCUACCCUUUUUUAAAAUAAAUUACCAUAGUUGUUAAAGCAUAUACAUAAAACCACUACAUUCCUCAAAAGCUUAAUAACCAAACUCAGAUUUUGCAAGCAAAGUAUUAAUGACUGACGAUUGAAAUAUUAUCAAAAUUAACCUAAUAAACCUUCUAAUUUCUAACUGCUCUCCUCAAAUCCAAGUAACAAAAUUGGCUAUUUUAAAGAUAACCUGUAACAUCAAGGGUCACUGUCUUUGGAAAUGAGCUAAAACGGAUGCUAUGAUUACGUACAUUGCUUGAGAUACAAUGAACUUACAAAAUGUUUUAUUUUUCCAUUAAGAAAUUACAUGCACAGUACCAUCAACAACUGGUGUCCUGAGCAAACGCCUAAUCUAUAGAAAUAGUGAGGUGGCAAAGUUCUCAUGUGAUGAUGGUUUGAUGUUGAACGGUUCAGAAAUCAGCCAGUGCCAUUAUUAUGGCUGGGAUCCACCAUUGCCUACCUGUGAAGGUAAAUGUCUCUCUGUUUCCCCCCUAACUCAGUCAUAUAUGCACAUACAUACAGACACAGUCAUACAAAAACAUAUACAUUCAUACAGAGACAUACAAGCACAGGCAUAUCAGCAUACAUACAAUCACAUUUACAUACUUACUUGUCAGCCCUGUGCAAUCAGCUAUCCUGAGAGCAUGAUGGUUGGCUAUGUGGAGUCACAUUUCCAGUCCAGCCCCAUCACUUAGGGACUAGCCACACUGUGUGGAACACAGAAGGCAAGGAUAUAAUGUGCUUCAUAUCCCCUGCCCCCUCUACAUAGCUUACGGCAUGAACCAGAGCUGGAGGAUGCCAUGGAGCAGCUCGGCUAUACUACACGCAGUGACCGGCAGAUAGGGGUGUACUGCCCUCUUCCUUCCAUCUGGUCACCUGGACAUUGUGCUGCCUCAUGGUAGUGCCAGCCCUGCUAAUAGACACAUGGGGGUGGGGGGAGGUAUUAAGAGACAUGAGAAAUCAAGAGGGUAUUAAGAGCGUGUGACAGACCCAUCUGUCUGGAUUAUAACUGCGUUGUUCGUCUGUUUUUCCGUUUUCAUGAAUUUCCCCGUUCGUAUGCUUUGUUUAAGGGAAUGUCGGUUUUGUCGAACGGAACUACCGAACGGACGGCCACCCAGAAGAGAAGUGUGCUGCUGGUUAACCUAUUGAUCCCAAUUAGAGCGUUGCGGUUAACCACAGACACUUCUCAAUUAAAAACCGAAUGCCGGGUGGUCGUCGUUCGUAUGUCGACCACGAGGCGGCGGCCAUUUUGUCCAUGCGAACGACCAGCGGUGUUCAACGAUUAUUUCAUGGAUCGGAAAGCGGACACUUUUUCAGCCGAACACCGCUGAAGCCGUCGACCUCCCCUUCUCAAUCGACAAAAGCAUGCGAACGACAGCCGUUCGGGAGAUUCAACCACACGAAUGGACUUAACCCAGAUAGCCGUCCCAUGGAGUCAAUCGCAUACCGAAGAACUGAAAGAGACUUUGACUCCAUGGCGAUUGAACUGUGCGAAUGGGAUCUGAGCGCUAUUCUCCAAUAAUGUGCCCUCAGAUCCAGGCUAUCUGGGGAUAUGCAAGACUGAUGUAAAAUGUUCAGCAGUUAUUAAGUUAUGGAUUUUUGUGUGUUUUUGUAACUUGUAUCUAAAAUGGCGAUUGCCUCUGCUCGGGGAGAUAAUUGAAUUACUUCCCAAUUAUCCCCCGAGCAGAGGGGAGGGAACUGUACUGCAUGCUGGGAAUAUUGUGGGGAUGUAUGUCCAGAAUGUCCCCAUGUCCUUCUGUGAUUUCAGUCUCCCAUUUGGUCCCCUAGGGGAGUGUCCACCAAGUGGGAGACCUGCAUAAAUACCGGGCAGGUAGCCCACAGUAAACCAGUUCGUGUUUUACCCUCAAAGCGGAGCUUGGUCUCGUUAUUGGGGGGAUUUGGAUACUAGCGGCGAGAGACUGCUUACUUGGAUUAUUUGCCGCUUGGGAGAGAUUGUCGUUCGGUUAUUAAUUGCCGUUCAUGGAUUUGCGGCUUGCGAAGGGAAUUAGCCGUACAGGUACCGUUCGGGAGUUUGGAGUGUUCCCUGACUGGCGUUCGCAUGGUUUUAUUAUACCCGCUACCCGACCACAUUAUUGCGAACGGGGAAUACUCGCUAAACGGCGGUUUGUACGUUUCGUUCCUGGAGGUACCGUAACAGAGGGCUAGAGGAGUGUUAUGGAGACACAUUAAGGAUGAGGACUUUUAAUGCAAAAAGAGAAAACUGUGAGAGUUUGGGGCAAAAAGGGGCAACUGAGGGGAAGAGGCACAAGCAGGUUGGAGAUAGAGGUGCAUCUAUGGGCAGAGUAGGAGAGUGGACUUUAUAUACCAGAGAAACCUGAAAUUUACAUGGGGGUGAUUUAUGAAGUAACAUUGCUACAACUCAAGCCAUUGUAAAGUUGUACAUAUUCACCACAACAAAUAGUUAACAGGAAUGGAUAGAUAUUUGGAUGUAAUAGACUGUCCACAGGAGUCCUUUACAAUGUCCAUUUGUGAUAUGAAGGCCUUCUUUAGGAUAUAUGGACACAAGACCAUUUAGAGUUUCAUUCUGUGGCCACUGUUUUUUACUAGUAUUUUCUAAUUGAUCCAGCUUACUUCAAGCUUGUCCAUCAACUAUUAUUAAAAACACAACCAAUAAAGCAGUAUUACCUCUAUGGUAAUGGACAAUAUCCAUAUAUGUCCUCAAUGUUACCUGUCAAAGUGGAUGUGUUUUUUGCUCACACACAUUGGUGUUCUUUAAACUCUUGUGAAGGAAUCAAUUAUAUAUGAACCACAAUUAACGAGAUCUUUUUACGUGGGCAGCUUAUAGUUAAUCUAAACAGGCUGAUUUCCUGUGUUAUGCCGUCGGUAAUUUGGAAUGCUUUGACUAUUCUGCAUAGAAAAUAGUGUCCAGGUGCUCUCUCUCCAUUGCCCUCCUCUCCCAGUCCAUGCAAGCGCCGGCCCUGCUGGGUGCCUUCACGGGCAGGAGAGGAGAUUUUUACAUACACUGCAACCCCCAUACACACAGUUGUACCCCUUACACACACACUUCAACCCUCACACACACUAUACUGCCCCUAUGCCCUACUACAGCCCCUAUCCGUGCAGAGCCCAAGUAUGUUGUCAAACUGCUCUUGAACAGUUUGGCUACUUACUCUAUGAGGGCGCCAUGGCACUCCUGGCACCUCAACCACUAAAGAGAGCUGUAGUGGUUAUUGCUCCUGGAUUGUUUCUUUAAAUAAUCUACCAGUGCCCCUUCCGAGAUUAGGUUCUGGAUCCACCCCUGCCCUACAGGACAGGUGCUUCUAGGCAGGUACCUAUUCUUUUAAAUGGGAAACCCAACCCUGGUCAAAAUAGCUUAAUUGGAAAAAAAAUAUUUUGACCUGAAAAUUUCAACUCCUGGUUUAGUGCAAAAACCCAAUGUUUAUGUGAUCUACAAGGUGUCUACAGGUGUUUUGGAAUGUUAUACCUGAACACACAUAGCUCUUAUGUAGGAGAUCACUGACACCUGGUGGACCCCAAGUAAGUUGUCUGAGCCAGCCCAGGUGCCAGGGUACUCCUCUAGACUAUUCUAUCUGAAAUCUCUGCUGCUCUUUCUAGAAAUCAGAGACAGAUGUCCUCCAAGACCACGGCCAAGCAACACAGAGGAGAUCCCUUCAAAACAACAUUAUUCUAAUGGGGAGGAAGUGCAGAUAAAAUGCCUGCCAGGAUUCAAGCUACAUGGCUCAGAAUCAAUACUCUGUAUCAAUGGAAGCUGGACGUCUCUUCCACAGUGCAUUUGUAAGUAG